UCGAUAAAUUAUUAUUAAAAAUUACAUUUAAUUAAUUAAAUUAUAGAUUUAUAGACAUAUGUCUGCCCAGCCGCAUGUUCUGGUCAUUGAGCCUUUCUACGGCGGCAGCCACAAGCAGCUGAUUAGCGCCAUUAUCGAUUGUCUUCAACCAGCCCAUUAUGAUUUCUACAGCCUACCCGCCAAGAAAUGGCACUGGCGGGCCCGCACCUCCGCCCUCUACUUCUCCCAGUUGAUCCCUUUGGAUCACCAGUACACGGUGCUCUUCACCAGCUCCGUGCUCAGCCUGGCCGAGCUGGUUGGCCUGCGUCCUGAUCUGGGCAAAUGCCGGAAGAUUGUGUACUUUCACGAGAAUCAGCUCAUUUAUCCCGUGCGUGAGGUGAAGACCCGGGAUUGUCAAUAUGGACUCAAUGAGAUACUCACCUGUCUUGUGGCCGACACUGUGCUCUUCAAUUCUCACUUCAAUCGCACCUCAUUCCUGGACAAUCUUCAGACUUUCCUGAACAUCCAGCCUGAUUUUCGUAUAAAGAAUAUUCGCGAGAAAGUGGAGCCUAAAUGCGAGGUUCUAUACUUUCCCAUCAAGUUCAAGGACUUCCCCAGGAGGCUGGAGAACCCCCUUCAGUCGGAAUGCCUGCAUCUGGUUUGGCCCCAUCGCUGGGAGCACGACAAGAAUCCCGAGCUGCUGGCCCAAGUACUCAACGAGCUAAACGAUCGCCAAGUGGACUUUAAGGUCACCAUUUGCGGUGAGAGCUACCAAACGGUACCCCAGGCCUUUGAGCAUCUCAAGGAAAAGCUGGGCGCCAAGCUCAUCAGCUUUGGGGCUUUGUCCCGCGAGGAUUAUGUAAAGACUAUGCUCACCGGCGACAUUGUCAUCUCUACCGCUGACCAUGAGUUCUUUGGCGUGGCCAUGCUGGAGGCCACCUACUGUGGCUGCUAUCCCAUUGCCCCAAACAAGCUGGUUUACCCGGAGAUCUAUCCCAAAGAAAACCUAUACAACACAGGCAAAUCCCUGAUCAAAAUGCUGGCCAACUUGUGCCGAAAUCCAAGUGUAUUUUGCAAGCGUCGUGAUAAGUUUUUUGAGAUGUUCUCCUUUGCACCAUACUCGGCGGAGCAUCUGUUACCCAUUUAUGUGGAUAAAAUAAAGGGAGAGUGCAGAGAGUAAAGGCAGAUGUAUUCUCCUUAUUUUA